GAGAGGAGGGAGGGGGAGCAAAGAGACCCAGAGAGCUAGAGAUACUGAAGACCCAGUCUGUGCUGGGUGAAGGACUGAGGAGAACCUGUCUUCAGCGCUCUGAGAGCCACUCGAGAUCUUUUGGGGAGCUCAAAAAUUAUGAAUAUGGGAUCUGUCGCUGGAGCUGUUCUCAAGAUGUUACUUCUGUUGUCUACUCAAAAUUGGAACAGAGUGGAAGCUGGGAAUUCAUAUGACUGUGAUGAGCCCCUGGUGUCUGCCUUGCCUCAGGCAUCCUUCAGCAGUUCUUCUGAGCUCUCCAGCAGUCAUGGUCCAGGAUUUGCAAGGCUGAAUAGAAGAGAUGGAGCUGGUGGCUGGUCCCCAUUUGUGUCCAACAAAUACCAGUGGCUGCAGAUUGACCUAGGAGAGAGGAUGGAAAUCACGUCUGUGGCCACCCAAGGUGGAUAUGGCAGCUCCAACUGGGUGACCAGCUAUCUCCUGAUGUUCAGUGACAGUGGAAGGAACUGGAAGCAAUAUAGACAAGAAGACAGCAUCUGGGGAUUUUCUGGAAAUGCGAACGCAGACAGUGUUGUAUACUAUAGACUCCAGCCUUCAAUCAAAGCCAGGUUUCUGCGCUUCAUUCCUCUAGAAUGGAACCCCAAGGGCAGAAUUGGGAUGCGCAUUGAGGUGUUCGGGUGUGCAUACCGGUCGGUUGUGAUUGAUCUUGAUGGAAAAAGUUCCCUCCUCUACAGAUUUGAUCAAAACUCCUUGAGUCCAAUAAGAGAUAUCAUUUCUUUGAAAUUUAAAACCAUGGAGAGCGAUGGGAUCCUACUGCAUAGGGCAGGGCCUGCUGGAGAUCAUAUCACAUUGGAGUUAAGAAGAGGAAAGCUCUUCUUACUUAUUAAUUCAGGUGAAGCUAGACUGACCUCUAGUUCCACCCUGAUCAACCUCACACUGGGCAGCCUGCUGGAUGAUCAGCAUUGGCAUUCUGUGCUCAUCCAGAGACUGGGAAAACAGGUCAACUUUACAGUGGACGAGCACAGGCAUCACUUCCAUGCCCAAGGAGAAUUCAAUUACCUGGAUCUUGAUUAUGAGAUCAGCUUUGGAGGGAUCUCAGCACCUGCAAAAUCAGUGUCCUUGCCAUACAAACAUUUUCGUGGAUGUUUAGAGAACCUCUUUUAUAAUGGAGUAGAUGUCAUUGGCUUGGCCAAGCAACACAAUCCUCAGAUCAUCACCAUGGGAAAUGCCUCAUUUUCUUGUUCACAACCACAGUCUAUGCCUCUGACUUUUCUGAGCACCAAGAGUUAUUUGGUCCUCCCAGCAUCUUCCAAAGAGGAAGCCAUUUCAGCCAGUUUUCAAUUCCGAACCUGGAAUAAGGCGGGACUUCUGCUCUUCAGUGAACUCCAGCUGGUAUCAGGCGCUCUCCUUCUCUUGCUCAGUGAUGGGAAACUUAAACUGAAUCUUCACCAGCCAGGAAAGUCACCCAGUGACAUCACAGCAGGUGCUGGCUUAGAUGACGGCCAGUGGCAUUCUGUCUCCUUGUCUGCUAAAAGGAGUCACCUGAGUGUGGUUGUGGAUGGCCACAUCAGCCCUGCUUCUCCUUGGCUGGGGCCCGAGCAGGUUAAUUCAGGAGGCAUCUUUUAUUUUGGAGGUUGUCCAGACAAAAGCUUUGGAUCCAAGUGUAAGAGCCCUCUAGGUGGAUUUCAAGGAUGUAUGAGGCUCAUCUCCAUCAACAACAAAAUGGUAGAUCUGAUUGCAGUCCAGCAGGGGUCCCUUGGCAACUUCAGUGACCUUCAGAUAGACUCAUGUGGCAUCUCUGACAGGUGUUUGCCCAACUCUUGUGAGCAUGGUGGUGAAUGUUCUCAGUCUUGGAGCACCUUUCAUUGUAACUGCACAAACACGGGUUACACAGGAGCCACUUGUCACACCUCUAUCUAUGAGCAGUCAUGUGAAGCCUAUAAGCACCAAGGAAAUGCUUCUGGAUUCUACUACAUAGACUCAGAUGGGAGCGGUCCUCUGCAGCCGUUCCUCUUAUAUUGCAAUAUGACUGAAGCGGCAUGGACUGUCAUCCAGCACAAUGGCUCCGACUUAAUGAGAGUCAGGAACACUCAUUCUGAGAAUGCGCACACUGGGGUUUUUGAGUACACGGCCAGCAUGGAACAGCUCCAGGCCUCCAUUAACCGGGCGGAGCACUGCCAACAGGAGCUCGCCUAUUACUGCAAGAAGUCGCGGCUCGUUAAUCAGCAGGAUGGAAGCCCUCGUAGCUGGUGGGUGGGAAGAACCAACGAGACACAGACCUACUGGGCAGGUUCCUUGCCUGUGCCUCAAAAGUGCACUUGUGGCUUGGAAGGGAACUGCAUUGAUGCCCAGUAUCAUUGCAACUGUGAUGCAGAUCGGAACGAAUGGACCAAUGACACUGGAUUCCUCUCCUAUAAAGAACAUCUGCCUGUCACUAAGAUUGUGAUUACGGACAUAGGACGGCCCCAUUCAGAAGCUGCUUAUAAACUGGGGCCUCUGCUCUGCCGGGGAGACAGGCCAUUUUGGAACGCAGCUUCCUUUAAUACUGAGGCUUCUUACCUCCACUUCCCCACAUUCCAUGGAGAGCUCAGUGCAGAUGUAUCCUUCUUUUUCAAGACCACAGCCCUAUCUGGGGUGUUUUUAGAGAAUUUGGGAAUCACUGACUUCAUACGAAUAGAAUUACGCUCACCCACAACAGUCACCUUUUCAUUUGACGUGGGCAAUGGGCCUUUUGAACUCUCUGUGCAUUCACCCACCCACUUCAAUGACAACCAGUGGCAUCAAGUGCGAGUGGAACGGAACAUGAAAGAGGCGUCCCUUCAGGUGGAUGAUCUCCCUCCGAAGAUACAAGCUGCUCCUACAGAUGGCCAUGUCCUGUUACAGCUCAAUAGUCAACUCUUUGUUGGUGGGACUGCCACCCGGCAGAGAGGUUUCCUAGGAUGCAUCAGGUCCCUGCAGUUGAAUGGGAUGGCCCUGGAUCUGGAAGAAAGAGCCACAGUGACCCCUGGGGUGCAGCCAGGAUGCAGAGGACACUGUGGGAGCUAUGGAAAGUUAUGUCGCCAUGGAGGAAAGUGUAGGGAAAAGCCCAGCGGCUUCUUCUGUGAUUGCUCUUCCUCUGCCUAUGCAGGACCAUUCUGCUCCAAAGAGAUUUCUGCAUAUUUUGGAUCUGGGUCUUCUGUGGUUUACAAUUUUCAAGAAAAUUAUUCUUUGAACAAGAACUCAAGCUUCCAUGCAGCUUCAUUUCAUGGUGAUAUGAAGCUGAGCAGAGAAAUGAUCAAAUUUAGCUUCCGAACUACACGGGCACCAAGCUUGCUGCUUUAUAUGAGUUCCUUUUAUAAAGAAUACCUCUCAGUUAUCAUUGCCAAAAAUGGAAGCUUGCAGAUAAGAUACAAGCUAAAUAAGUACCACGAACCUGAUGUCGUCAGCUUUGGCUUUAAGAGCAUGGCAGAUGGGCAGCUUCACCAUGUAAAGAUCAACAGAGAAGAAGGAAUGGUGUUUGUGGAGAUUGAUGAGAAUACAAGGAGACAAACCUACUUGUCAUCAGGCACAGAAUUCAGUGCAGUCAAAUCUUUGGUACUGGGCAGAAUGCUAGAGUACGGUGAUGUUGACCAGGAGACUGUACUGGCUGCAGCCCAUGGCUUCACAGGCUGCCUCUCUGCAGUGCAGUUCAGCCAUAUUGCACCUCUGAAGGCUGCUCUGCAACCUGGUCACCCAGCCCCCAUCACUGUGACAGGGCAUGUGACUGAGUCCAGCUGUGUGGCUCCUGCUGGCACCGAUGCCACAUCCAGAGAAAGGACACAUUCAUUUGCAGAUCACUCUGGAACGAUGGAUGACAGAGAGCCUCUCACUCAUGCAAUCAAAAGCGACUCUGCAGUGAUUGGAGGUCUGAUAGCUGUUGUGAUCUUUAUCUUGCUUUGUGUCUCUGCCAUAGCUGUUCGCAUUUAUCAACAGAAAAGGUUAUACAAAAGAAAUGAGGCAAAAAGGUCAGAGAAUGUAGACAGUGCCGAGGCGGUUUUGAAAAGUGAGCUUCAUAUCCAGAAUGCAGUCGGUGAAAAUCAGAAAGAGUACUUCUUCUGAUUGGCAGUGAUCCUCUAGCUUGCAAGGAUGGGUUCCUUUUAAUAGCCAGGGGCUCUCGGUGGACGAGAACUGCUCUAACCCUGACCAUACAGGCGAUGGAUCUGCAGCACGGCCAUCUUGCCAUGUCUAAGCUCAGGAUGGCUCCAGGCAGCCUCCUCCAGGGAUGUGCUCCUUCUAGCCAUCAUUCUGUUAAGAAAGGAGCUUGCUGUUGGUGUCCCUUUCCAACUUCUGCACAUGAUCAAAACCAAGUUUAACUUGCUUCACAACUAUGGUUUUUUAAAUGUGGAAACUAUAGCCCUUCUCUUCACCCUGUAAAACAAAAGUUUUGUUAGAGGUAAGAACUCAAAAUUGGACUAUAAAUGGCCUUGCUUUACUGGAGACCACAUGUCCUGUUUGCUUUCGUCUUCACAUGGUGUUGUUCAUGAGCCUGGAAAUGCUUCUGAGAUCCUGUUUGGCUGGUGUUCGCAUCUUCAAUGGCUGAAAUCUAUACAUAAAGCCCCUUUGCCUUUCUCUGUAUUCCAUUCAAUACAUCAAUAGUCUGAAAAAUUGUUUUCUUGUCUUUGGCUUGUUUGUAUUGCUCUUUUUCUAUUUGGCUCUUUUCUGAUACUUUUUAAUGCAUUUUGUUUUGAGUGUCUGACUUUUAAAUCUGAACACACAAUUCCUAUAUAAAAAGACUAAGAAAGUACGGUAGUUGUCGGUAUGUGAUGUCAUGUCUUUACAGAGAGUUUCUUGUCAUUAUUUGAUGAUGACUGGUUAAGACCCCGAGCAAUUGUAAUUUUCCAAAGAAUGUACAAUGUUUUCCAUUAAAUUUGUCACAAAACAAGUCCUAACACAACAAAAAUAUUUCAAUUGCAACUGUGUUACCUCAAAUAUAUGUAGAAGAUGAUUUCCCCAAACAUUAAAGCAGUUACUUCUUAGGUCUAUGUUUUUCUAAAGGUAAUUGCCAAAUUUUUAUUGAUCUCCUAUGAGGAUUUUCUGUGGAGUAUCCUCUUGUCUGUUGGAGAAGAAGGAGAUAACAUGAGAGCCCAACUCCUCAUUCUAAUAUACAGUUCUGCCACUGGUAUGAAUUUGCUGUGCACUGACCUCCAAUAUAUGUACCUUAUAAUCUGAGUUGUAACAUGCUCCCUAUUUUGCAACCAAUAGAUAAAGUAAUAGAUGUUGGCUAUCUUAUCAGACUUAUGCUCAAGUUGUAUUCUAGUAGUGUCUUCUGGAGGAUGAUUAAGACCUCAAAAAGGACCAAGAAUCAGCAUAAGAUACUCACUAGUCCACAAUGAUUAGAACAUAUGUAUACAAUGGGAGGUAGAAGCAUCAUUCUUAACCUUAUGAAACUUGUAACAAUACGAACUUUCAGGUCAAGUGAACAAGGUAAUUGUAUGGAAUUAUCUUUGAAGUCCAUAGACCAAUUAAAUAAGGAAAGUACUUUGCAAUCCAUGUUCACACCUUCAGGUGCCUCCAAAGUAAAAAUUUAACUCCUUGCUUUUUGUGUGUGUGUGUAAAAGAAGCUUGGAAAUAUAUAAAUUCAGCAUCACUAGAAUCUUGCUUUUCAUGUUUUGUUGUUGUUGAUGAUUCUUCUUAGAAAAUCUGUUUUUCUUUUUCCAAAGCACAAGAUCCAUAUUAAUGUUUCUGUAAGUACCUGACUAAAUCUUAAAGGACCUGAUUUGACAAAGGACCUUUGUUGGUAAAUGGCAUCUAUAUGUGUGUACAUAUGUACACAGACACACAGAUGCACACACACACAAACACGCAUGCAUGCAUGCACAUGCAUGCACAUUCAUAGAGAGGAGAGGAAGAGAGAUAGACUGAGAGGCAGACAGAGAGACAGACACACAUGUUGUGACAAGAGAGUUAUUUAACAUAGAAUUAGUAUAAUUUGGUGCACAGAGCAUAGCCCUUGUAUCAACUCUGAAUUCUUUAAAGUUAUGUGUUUUAUUUAAUAGCAGUAAUGACCUCACAAGUAGCUGAAAUGUGUAUACUUUUAUAGAUGGUGAAGCUGCAAAGUCCUCUAUCGUCUGCACAGUAAGAUACUGGAAUAGGAUGACAUCAGAUUGCAUUAGUACCUUACAUGCCAUGGUUUGGGUUUCCUGGUUUGUAGCAAAUUGCUUCCUUUUUCCUUAAUAAAAUGCAUUUUUGAAAUAAAA